AUGAGGAUUCCACUAAGAAGCGCCUCUGCCGUCAGCCGCCGCCUCGGACGCAGGACAUACAGCUCACCACCAAAAACCCUCCCCUCAGCCGUGGAAGCCGUCAAAGCGCAUCCUCCAAAGAUAAUACCAGACUACCUCACCCCGAUGCCCUCACACCUCCUCACAACAACCCUCACAGACCUCAUCUCCCCACAAACGCCAACCUCAUCCUCUCCAAAGAUAUCUUCCCCGCCUAUCCCGCUUCCACAGGGCCAUCACCUCGUCUACUUCCCCAUUCAACUCCCCCCAUCAAAGCUCAUCCCCGACGGCGCGGAUCCGGAUCACUCGCCUGGACCGCCGUUUACGAGGCGUGUCUGGGCGGGUGGAGAGGUUAUCUAUGGGAAGAGAUGGAGGGAGAUGACGCUUAGCUGUAGACCUGUCGUGUGUAGGGAAAAGGUGGAGGAUGUGAGCUUGAGGGGUAGGGAGGGUGAGGAGAAGGUGUUUGUGGAUGUUUGGAGGAGGUAUGGGAUUGGUCAUGAUCAAGUUGAGGAGAGGGAAGAGUGGGAGAUUGAGGAGAGGAGGACGUUGGUGUUUAUGAGAGAGGAGGAGAGCUCGACAUCAUCGCCACCUCGUCUCAUCAAGUACCCUCAUUCUCCAUCUAAUUCCAUAUCUCUCACUCCCACGGCAACUCACCUCUUCCACUUCUCAGCACUCUCCUUCAACGCGCACUCGAUCCACAUCGACCCCGUCUACGCGCAAGAAGUCGACGGUCACAGAGCCCUUCUUGUUCACGGGCCUCUUACCCUGGCGCUGAUGCUCCGCGUGCUAAACGACCACAUCGGCCCAGCCUUGUCAGUCAGCAAUUUUUCCUACAGAAACUACGCGCCGCUCUAUGUCGAUGAACAGAUGACGAUUCAUCUUCGUAAAGUCUCACGAGAGGACGCCGCCGAGGAACGUUGGGAUGUCUGGAUUGAAGGACCUGAAGGAGGCAUGGCAGUCAAGGGUAAUGCCCAUGUUGCCCGGUAA